CCACUUUCAAACCCAAAGGCCAAAGCAAACAUGGAAGCCUGGCUCAUCAUCCUCAUCACCAUAUUCAUUUCUCUUCUCCUUAGAGCUAUCCUCAACCGCCGCUCAUUCGCCUGCAAAGAACCUUCCCCAACUCUCCCUCCAGGCCCAGUUAACAUUCCCAUUAUCUCCAACAUCCUAUUGCUCAGGAGCACCUUUUCCGAGCUUGAACCAGCCCUCAGGAAACUCCACAAAAAGCAUGGUCCAAUGGUCACUCUCUACUUCCUUUCUCGCCCUUCUAUUUUCAUCUCCGAUCGUUCCCUCACCCACCAGGCCUUAAUCGAAAGUGGUGCUUUAUUUGCUGAUCGCCCUCAAGCUUCUACCGUAGGCAAGAUUAUAAGCUGCAACCAACAUAACGUCAACUCUUCUACCUAUGGUCCUACUUGGAGACUUUUGAGGCGUAACCUUACAGCUGAAAUCCUCCAUCCAUCUCGUAUAAAAUCCUACACUCAUGCUCGGAAAUGGGUUCUCCAGAUCCUGAUAGAAUCCUUAAUUUCAAACUCAAAAACUGGAGAACCGGUUCGUGUGGUGGAUCAUUUUCAACAUGCUAUGUUCUGCUUAUUAGUGCUUAUGUGUUUUGGUGACAAGCUUAAUCAAGAACAAAUUAAAGAGAUUGAGACUGUUCAGCGGCGUUUGCUGUUAGGCGUGGAUGGAAGAUUCAAUAUACUCAAUUUCUGGCCUAACUUGACAAGGGUUUUGCUUCAUAAACUUUGGAAGGAGUUCUUCCAGGUCUUUGAGGAUCAACAGAACGUGUUGGUCCGUUUGAUAAGAGCUCGGAAGAAAGUGAAAGAGGAGAGACUGAGCAAGAGUAAAGAGGACAAAGAGGAAGCUGAUAACGAGUGUGUUUUGGCGUAUGUUGAUACUUUGCUCGAUCUUCAACACCCAGAGGAAAACAGGAAACUUACAGAACAGGAAAUUGUUGGUUUGAUCUCUGAGUUUCUCGAUGCUGGAACAGAUACAACCUUCACCGCUUUGCAGUGGAUUAUGGCAAAUAUUGUGAAAUACCCACAUGUUCAAGAGAAGCUUUUCGUGGAGAUUAAAGGGGUUAUGGAAGAUGGAGAGGAAGAAGUCAAAGAAGAGGAUUUGCAGAAGAUGCCUUAUCUGAAGGCAGUGAUCUUGGAAGGGCUAAGAAGGCACCCACCAGCCCACUUUCUUCUGCCUCAUACUGUGAGAGAAGACACGGUCCUGGGAGGAUUUUUGGUGCCCAAGAAUGCUACCAUUCAUUUCCUGGUAGCAGGAAUGGGGUGGGAUCCAAAAGUAUGGGAUGAUCCAAUGGCAUUCAAGCCUGAGAGGUUCCUAAGCAAUGACAAUAAGACUGGGGACGUGUUUGAUAUAACAGGAAGUAAAGAAAUCAAGAUGAUGCCAUUCGGUGUAGGAAGGAGGAUUUGUCCUGGACUCAGCUUGGCCAUGCUUCAUCUAGAGUAUUUUGUGGCAAAUUUGGUUUGGAGCUUUGAAUGGAAGGCCAUUGAUGGAGAUGAGGUGAGCUUGGAGGAGAAACAGGAGUUCACAGUGAUAAUGAAAUCUCCAUUGCAGGCCCACCUUUAUCCUAGGAAAAAAUAAGAUGCUGAUAUUUUAUCAGGAUAUUAAAGAAUACUAGUUUUCUAUCACAUGCUAUGUUAUGUGCACGUAAUUGUUA